AUGUAUGCGACCAGUGUGAUGAUGAUUACACCGACAAUCAAAUGCUCACAAGCCACAAAGUCGCCGCUCACAGUCUUUGUACCAAGUGCGAUCGCUACCUUGGUAGUGAGAACGAACUAA